AUAGUAACCUUCUUGUUCUAGCAAGACGAACGUACUGUGAAUAUAUAUAACGUACCCUCAGGGCAUCGAGUUUCAUCCACAUCGUUCUUUUGUUGUCCUUCCACAAUCCAUUAAUCAUUAUUUUGAUCUCUCCAUAGUCAAAGUAAAGACAAAUCCUCUCUGAUGGUAGCCCCGCCAUUUCUGCAUGCCAAAGCAGAUAUCAUCCUUCAAUCAUCCGAUGGCGUCGAUUUUCGCGUGAUUACGCCCUUUCUGAAUCUCGCCUCCUCGUCUUUUGGCUCCAUCAUCGAGCAAGCGGCACGAUCAGAUCAGAUCGAAGGUGAUCUGCCCAUCGUGCUUGUGGAAGAAAACCACAGAGUCCUUGACAUCUGGCUCAGAUUCUGCUACCCUUCUACUCUUGCGGAGGAUCCUCCUCUGCAUGAACUUGAAGAUAUCAUACCUGUCCUUGAGGCAGCUAGGAAAUAUUCUUUGAAACCGCUUGAGCACAAAGUUCGCCAAGCGCUUAAAAGCCGCAUGGAGAAAGAGCCUUUGAGAUGCUUUGCGCUUGCAAUGCGUGCCCAGCUAAACAUUGAAGCCACGCUGGCUGCAGAAUAUACUCUUCGCCAAUCUCUCAUUCCUGCGAGGUUUCCGGAAAUCGACCUCAUCACAGCAAAGGAGCUGCUCGCACUACUUACCUAUCAUCAGAGGUGCGGCAUAUCGGUACAAUCCUUGGGCACGGAUCUAUCCUGGAUUACCAGCGACUACCUCAGCUUCGGGUUGAAUGCGAUAGGAUACCAAUGGAUCAUUAGCGGCCCCUGUGGUUGCGAGUCCAGCAGUAGAUUCUUGCUCAAUGGUCAACGACCGUUGAAAUGGUGGAGUGAUUACAUGGAAAAAUGUCUGGUGUCCUUGUACGACAAGCCAUGUGGCCACACGGUCCUAGUGGGAGUCAGUGAUACAGUCCGGGCCGUUCGAGCUACUGGUUGCUCGCAGUGCUGUUCAAAUAUCCUGGUGAACAUGACGGGAUUUGCCGAGUUUUUCAGUAGGAAGGUUGAUAUGUUGACGGCAAAGGUUGAUCUCGACAUGGAGUUACUCAAACCCUUCAUUCCGGUUACCCUAUCAACGAAGAAAUGGGGGACAGGGGGCGGGAAGAAGAAGAAGAAAAAGUGAGGGAACUCCCAAAACUACUGUAUAUUGGCACACAGGUUGGCAAAUAGUUCUAUUCUAGUAGUAGUCCGACACUAUUCUCGAGAACAGACUGCACAUUCUAGAACACCACGGUGCCAUCGACCAACUAAUGUACUAUGGCUCACUGUUGAAUGUCGUGUCUCAGUGCCCGAACCAGAUGAUCAAUGUGCACGUCGUUCU